AUGGCCAAUUGCAAGUCUAUAUUUCUAGUGUUGUUUCUCACCUUGUUUCAGGUUUUGUCGACAUUUGCUUAUUCUGAUAAGCAACUGUUGAAGGCCUCUUCGAAAACAUCCAAUAAAAUUAUUUCAUUACAAGACCAAAAAUUUGAACAGAUCUUAAGGGGUCCUCGUGAAAACUCAUAUAUACUUUUACUAUUAACUGCUACUUCUCCAAAUGUCAAUUGUGCCAAUUGUUUAGAAUUCGAACCAAUGUUUGCUAAUAUGGCUGCAUCAUGGUUCCAAGAUCAUCCAGAUGGUAAGACUUUGGAUGGUACUAAGAAUUUAUUCUUUGCUAAGGCCGAUGUUAAGGACACCAACAAUUUACCACCAAUAUUUACUUAUUAUGAAAUCACACAUGUGCCACGUAUAAUGCUAUUUACCCCAAAUGGUAGUACCAAGGAUUUCCAAUCAAUUAACUUUGAUGGUGAAGGUAAAGAGCAUGUUACUCGUACCAUUGAUGCUGUACAGAGAUAUAUGGAGAUUAAUGAAUUUGCUUAUCAUGAACCAAUUGAUUGGGCAUCUGUGAUCAUUACUAGUAUUUCUGCCUUUGUCAUUAUUUUCGUGGCUAAGAGACAUGGUGAUAUUUUAUUGAAAGUUCUAAAGAUGAGAUUAUUAUGGGGCAUUGGUUGUGUUGCAUUCAUCAUUUUAAUGUUGGGUGGGUUUAUGUUUAAUCAAAUUAAACAUCCACAAUUAGCUGGUGUUGGUAAAGAUGGUGGUAUAUUAUAUUUCUUAGAACGUGAAACUCAAAACCAAUUUGCCAUUGAAACUCAAGUAUUGGGUGUUAUUUAUGGGCUAUUUAGUAUCUUGGUAGUUGGAUUGACCAUGGGAGUUCCCAAGAUUGAUUAUUUCUAUUCUAAACCAGAUGAUGCUACUAAAGUUAAAGCCGGUGUUUCAAUCAUAUUGGCUAUUGCUAUUUACAUGGUAUUCACUGGUUUGACAAAUAUUUUCAAGAUGAAGAAUGUAGGUUACCCAUAUCCUUUACGUUCCUUAACUCAAUUCCUUUUCCAUUAA